GUCUUUUGUCUUUUGUUUGUGAUGAAUAAAAUCUCUUGAAUCUUGAAUCCACGGAGAGAUCGUUGUCACAGCAGUCAUGAAUUUUAUAAAGUGGAAACUGAACAGCCCUCAACGACUCUAUGGGUUUAUCUUACUUUGUAUCUUCACUUUGUAUUCUUACUUCAUAGUUAUAAAAUCUCCAUCGUAUUUUCAGCACUUCUUUCGUCAACAAACACACGCCGGUAGCUCCCAAGGAUUCAUUUUGUCAGUUUAUUCUCAUGAAAGCAGUAAAGCAGCAGGGAACAUCACUGGAGAUGUGAUUCGGAUUAUGGCUGUCAUGAGAGCAGAAACACACAAGGAAUACCACUGCCAUGUCAAGUGUGAUGGCCAUGUGGUCUCCACAGAAGCACAUCCUGACGUCCACUCCACGGUUUAUGAGUUCCCUUACAGGCCAGUGGACCUCCUAUGCCCAAACCCAUGUGGAUCAGCCGGUUCUUUGACUAAAGUGACUGUGAAUACACACGAUGACCAGGAGCUCUCAAUGUCUGCUACUCAAGCCCCUACUGCCCAUGAGGGGGAGCCUCAGCGUGACUUCACUGCCUGCAUUUCAGUCUUUAGCAAUUACAGCAGAGCACAUCUUGUCCAGCUUGUCCACAUGUAUCAACUGCUGGGGGCUGAAAAAGUCUUCAUUUACACAAACAGUGCCAUCACAAAGGCACAGGAGGUGCUGGCUCAGUUCACUAUGGAGGGCUGCGUGGAAGUCAUCGACUGGAGAGUUAGUCAUUUUUUCAGUGAAUCCAACUGGGAGGAUUUCCUAAAUGAUAUUCAGGUUGCUGCUUGGAGAGACUGCAUUUAUAGAAACUCGGGCACCAGCCAGAAGCUGGCACUGUCCACCUCAAGGCAAACCAACCUUUAUAGGACAAGCAACACCUGGGCAGGACUUCUGCAGUUUUUUGUGAAGGAGAAAUUCACUGUUGGCUACCUGGAGGUGCAGGACUGUCACAAAUCCAUACUGUCCUCUUCAGAUGUUGGAGAAGAACAGGAAAAUACAGAAAGACGACAAGCAAAGUGUGGCCACCCAUCCAACAGGAAAGCACUGGGAGUGAACACCACCUUCUUUUACAUCUCUCUGGCCAAGGAUUCUAAUGCUGGUGAAUGGCUUUCUUCCUUGGCACAGUGCUUGGUGAAGGAGCCUCCUCAAGGGCAAGUGGCUGUCGUUAGGAUGAGAAUUCAAGAGAAAGAGAAUGCCCCUCCAUUGGUCACUCCUGUGAAUGGCACCCAAGCUUUUGUCAUUUCUGCAUUUUAUGAUGACCGACAGCAGCAGGACAUCAUUCGAAUCCUAGGAAUUGUGAAGCGAGAUCAAUAUGAAAAGAAGAACACAAAUUUGUAUUGUCACGUCCAGUGUGAAAGCGCCCUUUACGUUGGGCCUAUCGAGGUGGACAUUCAUAGUGAGCACUUUCAUUUUCCAUACGGAGCCACAACACUCCUCUGCAAAAACCCAUGUGGGUCAACGGCAAUGUCCAGUGUGACUGUGAGUACAAGCACGGAAAGCAGACCACCAGGAGUCGCUUUGAAAAUUCAGAACACUAAAGAAUCGCGACCUGCCGAGCUGCAGCGGGACUUCACUGUGUGCAUUUCCACAAUGUUCAAUUUCAGCAAUGUCCUGCAGCUCAUUCAGUCUCUAGAGAUGUACCGACUGCUGGGGGCCGGCAAGGUGGUCAUCUACAAAACAAGCUGCUCUGACCAGGUGCAGGAGGUGCUGGACUACUAUACCAAAGAAGGGUUUGUGCAAGUGUUUAAUUGGACGAUAAAUUUGUACCUUAACCCAUCCACAGGCUGGCUGUUUCCCAACCACUUAGGAGAUUUGCACUAUCAUGGCCAGAUCGCCACACUGAAUGACUGCCUGUACAGAAACAUGUACUCCAGCAGAUACUUGGUUUAUAUUGACCAGGAUGAGGUCAUUCUACCCUAUAAACAUAAGAACUGGAGAGACCUGAUGGACUACCUAACGAAGGCAACUGGAGCCAACAUCUUCUGGUUCACCAACACUAUCUUCCCAGCCGAUUCUUAUACUAAGGAUCCCUCAAUCCUACAAUGGAAUGACAUUAAUGGAAUAAACAUUUUAGAGCAUCUAACCAGAGAGACGAAAGUUAGGCACACAGAGGCAAAAAAGAUGAUUAUAGAUCCCAGAAUUGCCUACAAAACAUCAGUACACUAUCCACUGGAGAAUUUUGGAGUAAGACACGAGGUGAAUGAACAGGUUGCCUUAUUGUUCCACUGCAAAGAGUACGCGGAAAUUACAGAACAAGCAUUUGACCCAAGGAUUUCACAUUAUGAAGCUCCACUGAGUGUAAAUGUGAACAAAGUGCUGAGCAAAACUGUAAGAAGAUCUUACCCUCUUGUGAUCACACCUAUAGACGACUUCGAUGUCUUCAUUGUUUCAGCCUUUUAUGAUGGUAGGACAUUAAAUGGGUUGCCAUCGGAUGUGAUCCGUAUUAUUGGAAUUGCAAAACGGGAGCUGUUUGAAAACCAGCACAGGACACUUCACUGUCACAUCAUGUGUGAGAGUGCUAUUCAUCACCAUUAUGUUCGUGUUCACCUCCAUGAUGAUCACCAUGGCUUUCCUUAUGGUACAGUAGACCUCCUCUGCCAGAACCCAUGUGGAUCUGCUGCUUUGACCCAAGUGGCUGUGAGUACCAAUGACGUAAGAAUCUUGUCUGAAGUCUAUCUGAAGGUUCAUAAUUCCAAAACUACUCAAUCUACUGAUCCCCAAAGAGGCUUCACCGUGUGUAUUUCAGCAAUGGCUGGUAAUUAUGACAAUGUCCCGCAGCUCGUCCAGUCCAUUGAGAUGUACCGCCUACUGGGGGCUGAGAAGGUCUUCAUAUACAAAACUAACUGCUCUGCUGAGGUGCAGAAGGUGCUGGAUUACUACACCGCAGACGGGUUCUUGGUAGUCUUCAACUGGACUGUGGAUUCCUACGUUAAAGCAUCUGAAAUAUUUAAUCAUGGCCAGAACACAGCCCUCCACGAUUGUCUCUACAGAAACAUGUACACCAGCAGGUACCUGGUUAUAAAUGAUAUCGGGGAAAUAAUUCUUCCAUAUAGACAUGACUCUUGGAAGGAUCUGCUCGACUCCCUCAGGAGUGAGAACCCCAGGCUUGGAAUUUUUAUGUUCUCAAGUUCCAUCUUACACCCCAUCACUGAUCCAAAGAUCUCCGGCGAAAAUACCACUGGAGCGAAUGAGGUAGGAUGGUUGGAGUCGAAGAAGAUCAUUUUAGACCCACGCCUAGUGCGAGAGGUACUUAUUUCAGAAUUAAUGGGACGGAUAGAGGAGGUGAAGGAGGUCAGUAAAGAUGAUGCUCUGCUGUUUCACCUUGAGGAUCACAGAGUCGAUCCAACAGGAAAAUAUGAACCGAGAAUAGUCAAAUUUGAAUCAAAACUGGAAGAGAAUGUGAAUGUGGUGCUGAGGGAAACAUUAAGAUGAGCUGCUUGUAAUGAAUGGGUGGCACGGUGGCGCAGUUAGGAAACCUGGGUUUGUUUCCCGGGUCCUGCCUGCGUUUAGUUUGCAUGU